AUGAGCGUUUUUUAUUCAUCGGCCGAAAGUUCGAAUUUAGGAAAAAUAUUAACUCGAGGAAAAUUCUUCACUUAUGCGGAACGGAAGGCUUAUGGUUCCCACAAUGAAAAAGGCUCAGAAAAGAAGGUAUGUAAUGUGAUAAAUGCCAAAUGUCAGUCAGAGGUUUCUGACACAGACGAGAAACAGCUACAUCAAAACGACUCUUUAAGAAAAAAACAUGCUGGAUUUCGAGACAGGAAGUUCAUCGCAUACGAAAACCGAAUUCGAGCCUAUUCUACACCGGACAAAAUCUUCCGAUAUUUCGCAACUCUUAAGAGCAUAGAAGAAGACAGUGAAACAGUUUACAUGACUCCUGAAGACUUUCUUCGUUCAAUUACUCCAGGUAUUAAGCAACCUGACGGUUUAGAUUUGGAUUCGUUUAAGCGAUAUGACCCAAAGACGGGAUUAGUUUGGUUCCAUAACAAGAGUGAAAAAUUAAAUUUGGAUAUACCUAAAGAAUCAGUAUUUUAUAAGCUUUGUGAUCAAGCUUUAAUCACAUUUACUGAUUUUAUAUUCCUAUUAACUGUGCUUUCGACACCUCGUCGACAGUUUGAAAUAGCUUUUCGUAUGUUUGACAUUAAUGGAGAUGGGGAAUUGGACAUAAACGAGUUUGAGGUUGUUCGUUCUGUAAUUAUGGGCACAACUGCUAUGGGUCGUCGUCAUCGUGAUAAUUUAACAACAGGCUGUACUUUGAAAUCAGGUAGUUGUAAUAGUGCUUUCAAACGCUAUUUCUUCGGUCCAAACGGCGAUCAGAAGUUGCCAAUCAGUAAAUUUCUUCAAUUUCAUUCUGAUUUACAAGAGGAAAUUAUGCGUCUAGAGUUUGAAAGAGCUGAACCAAAAAAUGGGAAAAUUACUGAAGUUCAGUUUGCCAAUUCUCUACUUGUUUAUGCUGGAUUUUCUGAGAAUAAAAGACGUAAAAUGAUUCGUCGAGUAAAAACAAAAUUUCCUAUAGAUUCUGAUCAGUCUAUUGGUAUCACGUAUAAAGAUUUUUCUGAUUUCAGUCAUUUACUUCGAUCUAUUGCCGAUGUGGAUACUGCUUUAACAUUUUAUCAUAUGGCUAGGGCAUCAAUUAAUCAAGAUACUUUAAAUCAUGUUGCUUCGACUGUCGCUAAUCUUCACUUGUCACCACAUGUUUUAGAUGUUGUGUUCACUUUAUUCGAUGAGAAUAAUGAUGGACAAUUAAGUUAUCGUGAAUUUGUUGGUGUUAUGCGACAUAGACUCUUACGCGGUUUGGAUAAACCCAUGGAUACAGGUUUUGUUCGAUUACUUAGUGCUGUAUUUCAUUGUACUAAAGAACAAAUCAGUCUUGGAAUUAAUUCUACCUACAAAGGUGUUUGA